AGGAAUCCAACCAGCCAACAGCAAGGCUAGUUCUGUCAUUAAAAAAAUAUUUAAGAUGGUCUUAGCUGCCUCUCUCUCUCACUUGUUGUCUUUCUAUCCUUUCUAUGCAUCUCUUCUCUUUCUCUAAUCCUCUGCUUCUUCUUUUCAAGAAAAAACCCUAACUUUCUUUUCAUUUUUCAGGAAAUCAGAUAAAAAUAGAAAUAAAAGAUGCAUUCUUCUUGAUGUUACUGAAAUCUUAAGAAACCCAAAAAGAGAGUGGCUUUGGUUUUUGAUCUCUCAAUCAAUAUGGCAAACAGUACGGACGCCAAGGAUGCGGCUAUGGCAAAGGUCAGGCCAGGUCACAAACGAGAGUUUGAGUUUGCUUUCAGAGCCCGCUCUGAGAUCCGUGGGUAUCUGGGCCGGACACGGUCAUCUCGGGUCUUCUCGUCUCCAGGUAACAAUGGAAGUAACAGUUAUAAUGGAAAGAAGUUGAAGGGGUAUGGAAUUAAAAAGGUUUGUCAGUUAGAGAAAGCUGAAAAGGUUGAUGUUGUUGAUUUGGAGGAGGCAAAGGUUGAGUCUGUGACUCCUUUGUUGAGCAAGAAUGGCGAUGCGGGGAUUGUGGAAGUGAAGGAAAUUGAAGAAGCGAAGGAAAAAGUGGUUGAAUGUGAAGAAAGGAAUAAAGGGUCGCUGCUGAUUCUGGACAAGGAUUUGAAAGAGGAGGGUGAUUUGUGUGAGGAAAGGAAUAACGGGUUAGUGACAGUUUUGAUGGAUGUAGAGAUGGAAGAAAAUGAGGUUUUAGGAAGCAAGAGUGGUGUUGAAGUAAAGGAGGGUUACAAGGAUCAUCCAUGUGAGGAAGGGAUUAGUGGGCUAGUUUUGAUGGAUGAAGAUUCAAAUGCGAUAGUGAAUAGGGCUUUUGAGAGAAAGAAUGAUUGUGAAUUGAAGAAGGAUGAUGCACGCGAGGAAGGGACAAGUGGGCUAUCCUCGGUUUUGGUUAAAAAUGGUGAGGGAGGAGAUGUUAACAACUCAUUGCAUCCAGUUGUAGUUGAUGGUGAUAUUAAAUGUAAGGUUGAAGCGGAAAAACCUUUUAGGAGGUUUACCAGGUCAGCAUUGAAGCCGAAGAUAGAGACUGUGGAUAUAUCUUCCUCUGAUGGGGUUAAAGUUGAUGACAGAGGCAGUUCAUCUGCUGCUGCUGCUACCACCACCACCACCACACCUACGAAGAUGUUCAGCAUUGAUGGGUCAAAGAAGUUUCCAACAAAGUUGAAGGAUCUUCUUGAUUCAGGUAUACUUGAGGGACAGAAGGUGAAGUAUUUGCGCGGUGCCAAGGUAAGAGGACCUGGAGAGAAAGGGUUGCAUGGGAUGGUCAGGGAAUCGGGAAUUUUGUGUUUCUGUGAUGAUUGCAAGGGAAAAGAAGUUGUCACUCCUGCUAUUUUUGUGCUGCAUGCGGGCAGUUCAAACAAGCGUCCACCAGAGUAUAUUUGCCUGGAGAAUGGAAAUACACUCUGUGAUGUAAUGAACGCAUGCAAGAAUUCUUCGUUGGAUACUUUGGAUGAAGCUAUUCGGCUUUCUACCGGGUUUUCACCUUCAAAGAAAUCUAAUUUCUGUUUGAACUGCAGAGGGUCAAUUACAGGGGCUGGCUCUAGGAAAUCAAAGGUAUUGUGUAGUCAAUGCUUCGGAUUGAAAGAUUUUCAAGCUAGCUCUGCACCAAAAACAGCUAAAAAAGAACGAACAGCAAAACCACAUUCAGUUCCAGAGUCCUCUUGCAAUUUGUUGAAGUCUAGCCUGUCAGGAAGCAAGAGUCAAGGGAGAGUUACAAAAAAAGAUAUUCGAACACAUAAGCUGGUUUUUGAAGAAGAGGUCUUGCCAGAUGGAACCGAAGUUGGAUAUUACUGCCAGGGAAAGAAAUUGCUGGCAGGCUACAAGAAGGGAUUUGGCAUUUUCUGCUCAUGCUGCAAUUCUGAGGUUAGCCCAUCUCAAUUUGAAGCUCAUGCUGGUUGGGCAUCGCGUCGAAAGCCUUACCUGAACAUUUACACAUCCAAUGGGGUGUCUCUUCAUGAAUUAGCAAUAUCUCUAUCAAAAGGUCGGAGGCACUCUAUCAAGGAGAAUGAUGACCUAUGCCAGAUCUGUAGAGAUGGUGGGAAACUUUUGUGUUGUGAUGUAUGCCCAAGAGCUUUUCACCAAGAAUGUCUUUCUCUACCUUCAAUUCCUAGGGGUAAAUGGUACUGCAAAUAUUGCCUGAAUACUUUUGAGAAAGAAAAAUUUGUGGAGCGUAAUGCCAAUGCUAUAGCAGCAGGAAGGGUUGCAGGAGUUGAUCCCAUAGAACAGAUAACCAGACGAUGCAUUCGUAUUGUUAAAACUUUUGAGGCUGAAGUUGGUGGAUGUGUUUUCUGCAGAGGUCAUGAUUUUGAAAGAACGUUUGGUCCUCGCACUGUGAUUAUUUGUGAUCAGUGUGAGAAGGAGUUCCAUGUUGGCUGUUUAAAGGAACAUAAGAUGCAAGAUCUGAAGGAGUUGCCAAAGGGAAAGUGGUUCUGUUGCACAGGGUGUGAAAGAAUUCAUUCUGCUUUGCAGAAAUUGGUUAUUCGUGGGGAAGAGAAGCUUCCAGAUUCUUCCCUGAAUUUUAUAAAGAAGCAUGAAGAAAGUGCCUCGGAGAGUGGUUGCAGUGAUGAUGUAAGAUGGAGGCUUCUUAGUAAGAAAACAGAUUCUUCUGAUGUUACUGAAGCCCUACUGUCCGACGCUGUCGCCAUUUUCCAUGAGUGCUUUGAUCCAAUAACUGUGGAUAAAUCCAAACGUAGACGUGAUGACCAUGACUUCAUCCCAUCCAUGGUUAAAGGCGGGAACAUGAAAGGGCAGGAUCUAGGUGGCAUGUAUUGUGCUGUAUUGCUGGUUAACCAUGUGGUAGUGUCAGUGGCAGUUGUUAGAAUUUUUGGCCAGGAAUUGGCUGAGCUGCCUAUAGUUGCAACUAGUAGCAGAUGGCAAGGACAGGGUUAUUUUCAGACCUUGUUUACUUGCAUUGAGAAGCUACUUGGAUUUCUCAAUGUGAAGAAUCUUGUACUUCCUGCAGCUGAAGAAGUCGGAUCUAUUUGGAAAAACAAAUUCGGGUUUGGUGCGAUAACUCAAGAUGAGCUGAUGGAAUACAGGAGAAGGUAUCAGAUAAUGGUGUUUCAAGGGGCAUUAAUGCUGCAAAAGCCAGUCCCCAAGUGCCGAAUUGUAGGUAAAUCAGAGGGCGGCUGAAAGCCAGAUACUUUUUAAUUGAAGAAGUGGGAAAGCAAUUUUUUGGACAGCAGCCUUUUCCUUUGUGUACAGGAGGAUCUUUAGUAGGCAUUUGUGUACAGUAAAACGUCCUUUCCAUGUUAAUAGUUGGAGCCCACGGGCUGUUAUAAUUCUUUUUGUAGAAUUGAAGGGAAAGAAAGGAGGAUUUUAGACGGUUGAUUAGAUAUACAAAAGUAGGGAGCAGCGGGGGUGCUCACGCAUUAAUCAA